AUGUCAACUUCAGUGCGGGAUCAACUUGAGCGCAUUGAGGAAGCUUACUUCUACGAGCCUGGUAGGCUGUCCGAGGUGAAUGCGAUAUCGGGUACCGUCUCGCCGCGACGGGUAGGCAUCACGCGUCCCAUAUGUUUAGUAUCAGGAAACGGCAAUCGGCCACUGGCUGAGGCUGUGGCUCUUUUGCUUGGCAAAAAUACACACAACACGUCUGUCACUCAGUACGCAAAUGGUGAGGUCAAUAUUCGAAUUAAUGAGAAUGUCCUUGGCGCUGAUGUACACAUCAUUCAAAGCACUGCGGGCAACAAUCUUAUAAAUAUCAAUACAUCCAUCAUGGAGCUUAUGUUUUUGAUUCGCAAAAUGCGUCUGAGCAACGCAAAGUCGAUCACUGCCAUCGUACCUUUCUUCGGAUACACAAGGCGGGGCCACAAGAAAGAUUCACAGGGCCUGAUCUCGGCGUCUAUGGUUGCACGCAUGAUUGUUCAAAUGGGGGUUGACCGGAUAGCAACCUUAGACUUACAUUCUGGGCAAAUUCAAGGCUUCUUCGACAAUGUUCCUCUAGACAACUUGUCUAUGACACAUGAGUUCGCGCGUUAUUUGCGGAAACAGCCGUGGUUUGAUUUGAACCGGGUUGCGUUAGUGUCUCCUGACGCCGGCGGCGUAGAUCGAAUGAGCAAGCUGGCGGAUAUUCUUCAUGUCAAAAACCUCGUGACCAUUGUUAAGCGAAAUAUUACCAUCGGAGGCGAGGAGGGUUUACAAGCUGUUGGCGAGGUCAAUGGUUUGCACUGCGUUAUCAUUGAUGACAUGAUCGACACUGGUGAAACGGUUGUGAUGGCUUGCAAUCUGCUCAAAUCGUUGGGCGCGGCACGGGUGAUGGCUUGUUGUACCCACGGUGUCAUCACGGAUCCAUGCCAGCAGCGCAUCAAUGAUUGUACGUCACUCUCCGAAUUAGUGGUUUCCGAUUCUAUCCCUCAGGAAGAGAAAAAAAAAUGCAUUCCGAAAUUAAAAGUCCUGACGAUCGCACCACUUAUUGCGAUUGUCAUCGACAAGUACACACGAGAAGAGAGUCUAAGUAGCAUGUUUGAUUCACCUUUGGUAAUGUAA